CCAGUAUCAUGGCUGCCCAGAGCUGCAUGGGGCUAUCGAUCCAGUGACAGACAUGCAACGGGCCCGAGGGGGACCCUGCCCUUUGCUUUUCCGGACCCUCAUCCUGCUGGCCAUCUGCCUGGCUCAGCUCAGCGAAGGCGCCAGCAACCAGCAGUUUGUGAACCAGCACAUUGACUUCCCCAGGUCCAGCGCCCACAAUGACCAGGGCUACUGCAACCGCACGAAGCAGUGCCGGGGCCUGACCCGCUCUGCCUGCAAAGCCAGCAACAUCUUCAUCCAUGCCCCCUUCAGUCAAAUCCAAAACAUCUGCAGCCGCGGAGGGAAACACAUCUACGGCAAAGUCUAUGCCAGUAUUGCACGCUUCAACCACACUGAGUGCCAGCUGACAUCCUCAUUCCUAGGGCGCUGUAGAUACAGGACCACAGUCCUCAACAGCGAGAUCCAUGUGACCUGUCUCUAAUCACUGCCCGGAACUUCAUCAGAGUCUUGUAGAGCCGAGGCGCUGGCCAUGGACCCCCUGCACCUCCUAUCGCUCCUAGGCAGCCCUCUGUCACUGGGGCUCUCCAGCCCUAUCCCUGCCCCCUGGGCAACACCCGCCAUGAGUCUCCACAGGGACAGACAGCAUCUCCCCUUAUCCCACAGGCCAGCAGCUUGGGGCGUGCGGGAGGGUUUCCCACGCUGGGUGCCCGGUUCCCAUCCACACGAGUGGAAAUCCAGGUGCCCAGCCCCCUGGUUGGCACUGAGACCCUCAGCCUGAGCCCAGCACCCGCCUCGCUGGGUGCCGAUCAUACAACACAGCCGCCCCCUCCCACCCCGCAUCCAUUGGGUAUGUUGUGGGGAGAAGAUUGUCCCGGGGGGAACUGGAAUCUGUUCCUGAGUUUUGUUUCCUUACUGCUUCUUGCAAUAAAACACUU